UGACUACGCGGCACAUUAGUCGAGAAAUCAAUCUUCGCGUGUGCACUACACUGAGAGCGAGAUGACAGCCAAGCAGACAGCAAUUCAAAUUGCCAAGAAGGCGGAGCCAGCGUCAGGGGCUGGGGGUGAACAGUGGGGCAGUGGACUGGAGUUUUUAUUCUCCUGCAUUUCGUUGUCCGUGGGCUUGGGCAACAUUUGGCGUUUCCCGUACAUUGCAUUUCAAAAUGGCGGCGGCACCUUUGUCAUUCCCUAUCUGAUUGCACUGUUGGUGAUUGGACGUCCUGUUUACUUUCUGGAAAUAUCGCUGGGUCAAUUUCGUGGCGGCGGCGUCUUGCGCGCCUUUGAUCUCGCCCCGCUGCUUAAGGGCGUGGCUGCGGGUCAAGUGCUCGCCACCGGCGCCUCCAUCACUUACUACUCCAGCAUUAUGGCGUUAACUUUGCGCUUUCUCCUCGCCUCAUUCAGUUCGGUGCUGCCUUGGAGCAGCUGCCACCCAAGCUGGGGCACUGAUUGCUACGACGGCAGCGCCAACAGUUCCAUCAAUGCCACUGGCAAAAUGUCUCCCGCGCAGUUGUACUUUGAACGUGAAAUUCUGCAUGAGCUGCCCAACAUAGACAACGGGCUGGGCAUGCCCAACUGGCAGUUGGUCGCAUGUCUGGCCGUCGCCUGGCUCAUCAUUGGUGGCGUGCUCAUACGCGGCAUCAAGAGCAGCGGCAAGGCUGCUUAUUUCCUCGGCGUAUUCCCAUAUGUUGUGCUAAUUGUUUUGCUGCUGCGUGCGCUGACGCUGCCCGGCGCCUGGCAGGGCAUUGUGUACUUCUUCAAGCCGCAGUGGCGCGAGCUGCUCAACCCGCUGGUGUGGUAUGCAGCAGUCACGCAGGUGUUUUUCUCGCUGGCCAUUUGCUUUGGCACGCUCAUCACCUAUGCGAGCUACAACAAUUUCAAUCGCAAUGUUUACAAUGACAUUGUUAUUAUAACUACAAUGGACUCUUGCUCUUCGAUAAUUGCGGGCUGCAUUACUUUUGGCAUUUUGGGCAAUCUGGCGCAGCAAACGGGCGUUGAGGAUAUUGGCAGCGUGGUGAAGGGCGGCGCUGGCUUGGCGUUCAUAUCGUAUCCGGAGGCCAUUGCCAAGUUCGAGUAUGUGCCACAGAUGUUCGCGGUCCUUUUCUUUCUCAUGUUGUUCGUUCUAGGCAUUGGCAGCACUGUGGGCAUGGGCAGCUGCAUUUUGCGUGUGAUACGCGAUCAGUUUGGCCAACGCGCCGGUCCCAGCUGGGCCUUGGCUGGCGGCUUAGCGCUGCUCGGCUUUGCUAUAAGCAUUGUGUAUAUGACGCCGGGUGGACAGUUUAUGCUCAAUCUGGUUGAUUUCUAUGGCGUUAGCUUUACAGCUCUCAUACUUGCCAUAGGCGAGCUGCUGGCCGUAGCUUGGCUAUAUGGUGUUCAACGCUUUUGUGCCGACAUCAAGUUCAUGAUGGGCAUUGAUCUGGGCUGCUAUUGGCGUCUUUGCUGGGCUUAUAUUACUCCCGGACUUAUGACUGCUGUGCUGAUUUACACGCUUGUGGAUAUGUCCGCGCUAACCUACAAGGGCGUGGAUUAUCCCACUUUGGCGCACGUCUUUGGCUAUUGCUUGGCUGGCUUUGGUCUGCUGCAGCUGCCGGCGUGGGCGCUUUAUGCGCUGUAUAAGCAGCGGCGGCAACGCUUUAGCUGCUGGCAGCGUCUUUGCGCUGCUUGCAAACCCGCACAGAAUUGGGCACCGGCUCAAGCUGCAGCCACAGACUAAAGCCAAUGCUGCGUAUGCGUAAUAUGUUUAAAUCGCCUGUCAAGCGCAGGCUGCUGCUACAUGCAACAAAUUAGUCUAGUAGCAUAAACUUUUGACCAAAACAAAGCAAAAAAAACAACAAAAACAAUAAAGUUCAGUUUGUGCCCAACAGCAAAUUCACUCAAAAAUUUCUAAAGCGUCAAACAAAAAACACAAACUGCAGCAGCAGCAAUAACAACAACAACAACAACAGCAAUAGCAAAAACAACAAUAAUAAGCAGGAAGCUGUGUGAGGGCGCAGCCAACUGCAAACGCUUUUAAUUACUCCAGGGCGAACCCUCAGCAGCAACAGCAGCAGCAGCAGCAACGACAAGUCUGUGCUGUGACUGGUGGAGAGGGGUGCUGGGGUCAGAGGUCAGUGCUGUUGCAUUGCCUGCUUGGUACGCUUGAAAUGCUAGACAUGUCGGCAAUGCGGAAAUGCGCAAAUAUCAAAUGAAAACAAGCGAAUAAAUGCGAGAGAAAAGCGAACGUAAAUAAAACAUUUUGUGCAUUCUCUAGCUCUUGCUUCGAUGUGUUCUCGUUUAGACAGCCCUGGGACAAUGCUGCACUUGCCAAAAAAAAAAAAACAAAAAAAAAAAA